GAUUCGUCCUUGACACUCUCAACGCCAUGUCUUCGCGUUUGCGGUCUCGGCCUCGCCAAUCUUUUGGUAUCUCAUCUCCGGCGAAGCAGAGGAAGAAAGCUCCUACGAAUUCCAUGGCUACGAGAGCCAAUCGAAAGCGUCUCCCUUCUUACCUAAAACCUGGCGCCACCGUGGAAAUCAGCUCCGACGAGAUUGGGUUCCGCGGCUCGUGGUACCUUGGAAAAGUGAUCACCACUCCAUCCUCACAUAAGGAUUCCGUUAAAUGCCAAGUCGAGUACACGACGCUCUUCUUCGACAAAGAGGGGACGAAGCCUCUGAAGGAAGUUGUCGACAUGAGUCAGCUUCGUCCUCCGGCGCCGCCAAUGUCUGAGAGAGAGAAGAAGAAGAAUAUCGCUGUUGGGGAAGAGGUCGACGCGUUUUACAAUGACGGUUGGUGGGAAGGGGAUGUGACUGAGGUUCUGGAUGAUGGGAAGUUCAGUGUUUUCUUCAGGAGUUCUAAGGAGCAGAUUCGCUUUAGGAAAGAUGAGCUACGGUUUCACAGGGAAUGGGUUGAUGGAGCUUGGAAGCCGCCAUUAGAGGAAACAGAAGAAGAGGAAUCAGAGGAAGACAAAUUAGACGACUCAGAAGACGAGGAGGAUAUUUUAGCCCGAGUGGAUCUGGAAACUACCAGAGCAAUCGCCAAACAAAUGUUUUCCAGUGGCACGGUUGUCGAGGUUAGCAGCGAUGAGGAAGGUUUCCAGGGGUGUUGGUUUGUAGCUAAAGUCGUUGAACCCGUUGGUGAAGACAAAUUCCUUGUUGAGUAUCGAGACUUGAGAGAAAAUGAUGGCAUAGAGCCUUUGAGAGAAGAAACCGAUUUUCUGCACAUAAGGCCGCCACCCCCAAGAGAUGAGGAUAUAGAUUUUGCUGUUGGGGACAAGAUUAAUGCAUUUUACAAUGAUGGCUGGUGGGUAGGUGUUGUCAUAGAUGGUAUGAAGGAUGGAACAGUUGGUAUAUAUUUUAGGCAAUCACAAGAGAAGAUGCGGUUUGGAAGGCUGGGCCUUCGUCUGCAUAAAGAUUGGGUUGACGGGACCUGGCAGCUACCACUGAAAGGAGGGAAGAUAAAGAGGGAAAAGACUGUUUCAUGUAAUCGGAACGUGAGACCUAAGAAAGCAACCGAGAAGCAAGCGUUCAGCAUUGGAACUCCGGUCGAGGUUAGCCCUGAGGAAGAAGGGUUUGAAGAUUCUUGGUUUCUUGCAAAACUUAUUGAAUACAGAGGAAAUGACAAAUGCCUUGUAGAAUAUGAUUCACUGAAAGCUGAAGAUGGGAAAGAGCCUUUGAGAGAAGAGGUUAAUGUUUCACAUAUAAGGCCUCAACCACUAGAGAGUGUCAUGGUUAGUCCAUUCGAGAGGCAUGACAAAGUUAAUGCUUUGUAUAAUGAUGGAUGGUGGGUCGGGGUGAUUAGGAAGGUUCUUGCAAAGUCAUCUUACCUGGUUCUCUUUGAAAAGACUCAAGAGAUGCUAAGAUUUCAUCACUCUCAACUAAGGCUACAUCAGGAAUGGAUUGAUGGAAAGUGGAUAACAUCUUUUAAGAUAAUUGCAGUUAUGAUGAUUAACUAAGAUGCAACAACCAGUUGAUAUUUGUUGUUUUUCCAUGACAUACUGCGAUUCUCAAUGCUCCUGAUUUCGGUUGAUUAUUUGAUAGACAAUUUCUGCUGUAAGGCUACUUCUUUGCCUUAUUGGUUAUCCUAUUGUCAAAUAUUUUUUGAA